GUGCGCGCGCGCUAUAGCGGACACACUGAGCGCUGUGUGAACAAACAAACCGAGGUGAAAGUCUCCGUCUCUUUAGUUUAGAAAAAGAUUUGAACAUUUUGAUCGAAGAGGAAACUUUAAAAGACUUCCGGAGAUUUAAAGGAGGAGAAUAAAAGCCGGAGUCAGACAUUAUACCGUGUUUCAGGUGUCCCCAUAAUGUUUGAAAAGCAGCCAUAUGACAGCCCCCCCAUGUACAGCCCUCCGACGAAUAAUUACGGACCCCAGGGCAGUUUUCUUCCCCCUCAGAGUGAGUUUGACCCCUACCCCCCUCCUCCUGGGUCAUAUUAUGUAGGAGAGGAAGUACCACAACAUUUUUACAAAUGGACCUCUCCUCCCGGAAUCGUCAAGGUUAUGGAAGGUGCCAUUGUGGUGUUGUGUCUCGGAAUCUUUGUGUGCGUAGCGUCAACUCUGGUCUGGGACAUGCAGUACGGAAGCGCAUAUGGUAUGGGGUCUGGGUACGGGUCUGGGUACGGAACUGGGUACUACGGAUCCGGGCACUACGGAUCCGGGUACUACGGAUCCGGGUACUACGGAUCCGGGUAUUACGGAGGCUACAACUACGUGAGCCCGUAUUCUGCCAAAUCCGCUAUGAUUGCCAUGGCCGCCAUCAACUUCAUCGUGGCACUGGCCAUCUUCGUGGCUACCUUCUCCAAAACACGGACCAUCCGGAGCAGAAAGUUUUACCUGGUGGUGCUGGUGUCCUCAGUCAUUCUGGCCGUGCUGCAGGGCAUCAUCACUAUCGUGUACAUCGUGGGGGUGAACCCCAUGGCUCAGAGCUCGGCCAACGCUCUCUACAACCCCAUGCUGAUGAUGUGUCAGAGUCUGUACGGGAACAGUGUGACUGGAAUGGGCGGGGGGUUCCCUCUCUACAACCAGUACCUCUAUCACUACUGCUACGUCGAUCCUCAGGAGGCCAUAGCGAUGGUGUGUGGUUUCUUGGUGGUGAUUGCGUUGGCUGUAUCCGCGUUCUUCUCCUAUAAGACCAGAAGCAGGAUCUGGCGCUAUGGGAAACCCAACGUGUACUGGGACGAGCCCCUGACCGGUGGCCCUGAGGGCAGAGAUGUAGAGGACUGGGUGAACAACAUGGGCGAUGGUCAGAGUGUCCACGAGCCGUCGGUGAUGUUUUCAGAGAAAGGAGCUUUGCCUCUGAACAAGUCCCAGAGUGUGAGCUCCAUCCCCUUUAAGAGCGAGCCGUUUACCCCCCCAGCGUACUCAGAGCGUGUGUUCAGUCGUGCUCAGGAUCCAGAGAGCUCCAGUCCAUCUGAGAGAACAGACAGGAAGCCUGCAGCACUGCGGGGAAAACGGCGCAGGAGAAACCCUGAGCUGGACGAGUCUCAGUACGAAACUGAGUACACUACAGGGGGAGAGACUGGGACUGAACUGGACCAGAGACACUGGAUCAGUGUGUAUCCAGAGAUCACAUCCAUCUCUCAGAGACAGGAGUAUAAGAGGGAGUUUGAUUCAGAUCUGCGCUCGUACAAACAACUGUGUGCUGAAAUCGACGACAUCAACGACGAGCUGAACAAACUGAGCCGAGAACUCGACACGCUGAGCGAAGGGACGAGUAAAUACCAGGCUGUUGCAGAGGAAUUUAAUCGUCUGAAAGACCUGAAACAGAUGCCGGAUUAUCAGGAGAAAAAGCAGCGCUGCCGUCAGCUACGUCACAAACUGUUCCACAUCAAACGCAUGGUGAAGGAAUACGACAGAGCUCAGUCCUAAAUCUCCACCUGAACUUUAACCUAACAAACCCUGUGUGUGUGUGUGUGUGUGUGUGUGGUGUGUAUGUGUGUGUGUGUCUGUGUGGUGUGUGUGUGUAGCUUAGGUCCGUGAGGACCUUCCUGGUGUUUGUAAGUGUAAGAAAGGUGUGUCUCAGAGUGAUAAGGUCAGUGUGAAUCAUGCUGCAUUUUGUAAGCUAUAUAGAUAAUUGUACUUCAGGUGAUAAAAAGGGUGUGUGUGUUUGUGUGUGUGUGUUUGUGUGUGUUUGUGUGUGUUUGUGUGUUCAGGGCAGGUUUGUGCUUAUGAUCAGUUAUAUUGCAUAACAUUGUUAGAGGAAAUAAUAAACACAAAGUUACUCAAUAUCACCACAUCGCUCUGUAUUUUACUGUAACUGACACAGACACACACACUCUCACACACUCAUACACACACAGACACACACACCCAUACACACACAGACACACACUCUCACACACUCAUACACACAGAGACACACACACACACACUGAGACACACAGACAGACACACACAUGCACACACACACUCACACACUCAGACACACACGCUCUCACACACUCAUACACACACGCACACAGACACACAGAGACACACACACUGAGAUACACAGACACACACACAGACACAGUGUUUGAGUGAUAGAACAGUCCCUGGAUGAAGUUGUGUAAAUGAUGAAGUUGUGUAAAUGAUGAAGUUGAGUAAAUGACCCACUCCAUGAUUUAAUCUGUGUUUAAAUUGCUUCCUGACGUGUGCGUGUUUAUUACUGUGUAGUGAAUAUUCAGGCUGUUAUGUUUGUUUGUUUUUUUUUGGUGCUGAAUUCUUUCGUUUAGUGGUUUUUUGUUUAAUGUUCUAAUCUCCUUUUUUUUUUUUUUUUUUUUAGAAAGACUUUAAAAGUUUUUUAGCGUAUUCUUCCUUUUCUAGUUUUUAGCCACUGAACCCUAAAGCUCUGAGCCACGAGAGGGAACUUCACCUGAACAUGUUUCAGAAACAUACAAAAAGUUUUAAUUACCUUGUUGUUAACAAAGUACUUUUUAAUGACUUUUUUUAGUUUUGUGUGUUUUUUUGUAUUUAAUUUCAUCUUGUAAAUUUCACGUCAAAUUUUAUAUAAAGUUUUUUUUUUCGGAGCCUCACACUGUGAUCUUACGUAAUUAUAGAAAUUAAAAAUCUCCACUAUAUUAUUGUGACAUUAAACACAAUGUACUGAAUUAUUCUUCAAUCAGAAGCUUGUAUUUCACACUCCUGACUCCACAGUAAGGCCUGAGAUUCUACACUAUUUGUUUUUCGUUUGUUUUUCUGAACAAAUGUGCCACUGUGCAGCUCUGUGUGUGUACGUGCUGUUAAAUCAUCAAUAUAGAUGAAAUCUGUGUGAAAUGAAGAGAUCAGAUUAAUUAUCAUCAUCAUCAUCAUCAUCAUCAUCAUCAUCGCCUCGUCACUGCCCUGUGUUUCUGAUGAUUAAUUAUGAUGCCAGAUCAGACGCAUGUUUACUUUCCUGUUAGAUUUCUGGGUUUAUUUCUUUAUAUUUUUAUUUUUCUACAAAAUAAUAAUGAUUCAUCAUAAAAUGCUCAGAUUAUGUUUUGUUUUUCUUUAUUUUCUUCAUAAUGACAUGUUUAAAGAAAAUGAUUUUUGCUUUUUGUAUAAACUUUAUGAAUAAACUGAGUUUGUAUUAA